CUGUCAGAGUGGCUGGCGGCAGUGGCGGCUCUCGGGGCUGGCUUGUCAGUCAGUGAACUGAGGGGGAAGAUGGCUCGCCGGGACCCGUUCUGUUAGGAAGAAGGGGGGCAGGUGGUGCUGCUACUCGGGAGAAAGCAGAGCAGCCGCUGUCGCUGUCGCUGAGAGCCAGACAAGUCGAGAUUCUGGAGGUGGAGCUCGGGGAGCCUCUCUGAUUGUUUUGACUAUUUGGAGUCCAUUGAAAUUCCAUAUUAAUUGUAGGAUCAGCUUUGUCAAUUUCUGUGAAAAGGCAUUUGGGAUUUUGAGAGGGAUUACAUCUAAAUUGCUUGGGUCGAAGGUCUAGAACAGAUGUGGAAAGAUGUUCACUUCAGAGAAAGGGGCUGUGGAGGAAUGGUUGUCAGAGUUUAAGACACUACCAGAAACAUCUUUAUCAAAUUAUGCCACAAAUUUGAAAGACAAGAGUUCUUUAGUUUCAUCUCUGUAUAAAGUUAUCCAGGAGCCACAAAGUGAGUUGCUAGAACCUGUCUGUCACCAGCUCUUCGAAUUCUAUCGCAGUGGAGAAGAGCAGUUGCUUCGAUUUACACUGCAGUUUCUUCCAGAAUUGAUUUGGUGCUACCUUGCUGUCUCAGCCAGCAGAAAUGUGCAUAGCAGUGGAUGUAUUGAAGCUCUUCUUCUAGGGGUUUACAAUUUGGAAAUAGUUGACAAACAGGGACAUAGCAAAGUACUGAGUUUUACGAUUCCAUCUUUAUCCAAACCAUCUGUAUAUCAUGAACCUUCCAGCAUUGGGUCCAUGGCUCUGACUGAGAGUGCAUUAUCCCAGCAUGGUUUGUCAAAAGUUGUGUACAGUGGACCUCACCCCCAAAGGGAGAUGCUGACAGCACAGAAUAGGUUUGAAGUGUUAACAUUCCUUUUGUUGUGUUACAACGCUGCCUUAACCUACAUGCCCAGUGUUUCUCUUCAAUCAUUGUGUCAAAUUUGUUCCAGAAUCUGUGUUUGUGGCUAUCCCCGACAACAUGUAAGAAAAUACAAAGGUAUAAGUAGCAGGAUACCAGUUUCUUCAGGAUUCAUGGUGCAGAUGUUAACAGGGAUUUAUUUUGCCUUUUAUAAUGGAGAAUGGGAUCUAGCUCAAAAAGCACUGGAUGAUAUUAUAUACAGAGCUCAGCUAGAAUUAUAUCCAGAACCAUUGUUGGUUGCUAAUGCCAUUAAAGCUUCAUUGCCUCAUGGUGCCAUGAAAUCUAGUAAGGAGGGUGCAAGAUGUAUUCAAGUUGAAAUCACACCAACUUCCUCUAGAAUAUCAAGAAAUGCAGUAACCAGCAUGUCAAUAAGAGGUCAUAGGUGGAAAAGACAUGGAAAUGCAGAAUUAACAGGUCAAGAAGAACUGAUGGAGAUAUCUGAAGUUGACGAGGGAUUUUAUUCCAGGGCUGCGUCUAGUACCAGCCAGUCGGGUUUAUCAAACAGUAGUAACAAUUCUAGUAACAAGACAAGUGUAGGAAAGACUCAGAGACGGUCAGCAGGAAGCAAAACUGGAGGAAAAGAAAAAGAAACUCCAGGGGAGUCUUGCAAAGAUCACUUUGCCCGAAAACAAACUCAGAGAGCCCAGAGUGAGAAUCUUGAGCUUCUCUCUCUGAAGAGACUGACGUUAACUACCAGCCAAUCUCUGCCUAAACCUUGUAGCCAUGGUUUGGCUAAGACUGCCGCAACUGUUUUCAGUAAAUCCUUUGAACAAGUCAGUGGUGUCACAGUCCCACAUAACCCAUCAUCUGCUGUUGGCUGUGGGCCUGGGACAGAUGCCAAUAGGUUUUCUGCGUGUAGUCUCCAAGAAGAAAAACUUAUUUAUGUUUCUGAAAGGACUGAACUUCCAAUGAAGCAUCAAUCAGGUCAGCAGAGACCUCCUAGUAUUAGCAUUACUCUAUCCACAGAUUAAUUAGUAAUCAUUUUCUCACCUAACCAGCGAAUCUAGAGGGACAACUUUUCUUCUUUAUGAAAGUGCCCAGGGUCUGUCAUCCCUAUUCCAGACAGGAGCCCUGAUGGCUUAAAUUCUGAAGGCUACCUUGACUUUAUGAAGGGAAUAAUAUGUAGGUUGCAACAAGUUGAAAUAUGGUUUUGUUAUUUCUUGGGUGUAUUUUCCCCCUUGAUUUGAGUCUUUUUUUUCUUUCUUAUUUGUUUCUGUUGCUCUAAGAUUGUCAGUUUAACAAUACAUUUUGGCAGAUUGUCUGAUCAGAUUGAUUACAUCUCAUGAGAGGUUAUGAGUUCUUUUUUUUUAAAUAAUUCCUACUUUGGUAGUUGUAUGUUUGACCUUCAGAGUCAAAGGGAAUCUCCAUGUAUGGGAACUGUUUCUGAAAGGAGGCAGAGGUGCAGCUCCUGAAGUCUCCAGCUGACGUGCAGCGUGGCAGUCUGAAAAACAGGCACGUGAGAAAACAAAAAUGACAUGUAUGAAAAGUGCCUGAUAAAAAUGUUUGUAAUCAGAUUAUCCUUGAGAUUAGUAGAAUCCUUGAUAUAAAGCACUGGAAAAUGCCUAUUAACUCGGCACCUAGACUAUAAUUCCAGGGCCUGGGUAGAGGGAUUUCUGUUGUUAUCUAUGGAACAUUUUUAUAUCAAAAAUCAGAUUGCUAGUAGAUGUGUUGUCUUGAAGUAUUUGAUCUGGAUUUAGCAGGUGAAAACCCCCUUCAAUUCCUAAAAUGUAAUAGGCUAUGAAGCUCACUUAUCCUACUGCUUGACUUUGGAAACCUAGAUAGUUUGGUUUCCUGUAAUUCAAAGAACACAUCAUUGAAGACUUCCUGGAAAUCAAUGUAAAUCGUGCAACGCAACUCUCAAGAUACCAGUGUCAACCAUAUAAUACUGAAUUAUUUGUUGGCAAAUGAAGGAUAUUAGGUAAUUUUUUUGUCUAUAAAAUAUUGUGAAAGAAAAUAUA